UGGCUUAUUGUCUGUGCAAGUUCACCCACACUGCUCACUCCUGUCUCCUGUGUCCCAGAUGACCGUCUCCUGAUCACAACUUAACUGAGCCGGAGGAAUCGAAGGAGAGACACAGAGAUAGUCCCCCAAUCCACAGUCAGGAGGAUCCCACCCCGAGGAACAAUGCCAUUGGUACCCAGGCGAUGCCAGAGGCUGCACCAGCCCCAUGUGUGAGAGCCAACGUGCCGGGGACCCUGUGCCCCAACCCGGACCCUGUGUCCCACUCUGAGCUGAGCGUCAGGGGACACAGAGAGCAGGCUGAAACCUGAAUAAUUUGAGACAAACGUACAUCCUCACCCGGCGUGCAGCACAGCCCUGAACAUGACCACAGAGAGUUUUGCAGAGUUCCUGAAUAAGCUCAAGGAAAUCCAUGAGAAAGAGGUCCAAGGCCUGCAAAGCAAGCUGACGGAGCUGACGACGGAGAAGUGCCGUGAUGCUCAGAGAAUUGAAGAGUUGUUCGCUAAAAAUCACCAAUUAAGGGAACAACAGAAGGCCCUUAAAGAAAAUGUAAAGGUGUUAGAAAACAGGCUGAGGGCCGGUCUCUGCGACAGAUGCAUGGUCACCCAGGAGCUGGCGAAAAAGAAGCAGAAUGAGUAUGAGAGCUCUCAUUUCCAGAGCCUGAAGCACAUCUUCAUCCUCACUAACGAGACAAACCGCUUGAGGGAAGAGAACAAAACUCUCAAGGAAGAACUGAAGACACUCCGGAGCCUGGAAGACAGGACAAAGCACGCAGGAGUCACCUCCAGAGAAAGCAGCUCCACCCCCAGCUCCCCCUUGCCCUUACUGUCCCCAGCGAGCAGGAAUGCUGGUACUGAGAAAGCAGCUCACAGGGGAGCAGAAGAAGCCCACCACGAUGUGUCAGGCCUUGAGCUGGAAGAAGAAAAGCCUGCAGGACAGAAAAGUUCUCCAAGCAGCAGGACUUCCCCAGGCACUGUUCUCCAAGAAGUCAGCCUCGCAGAAAUGGCAUCCCAGAGGGUCGCCAACCAGCUGCAUGGAACCAUCGCUCUGGUGAGACCUGGCUCCAGACCCUGCUUCCUGGAAAAAAGUCCCUUAGGGGCAUCAGUGUCCCCACCAGCAAGGAAGACUCCUCUCCUGCCGGAGCACGAGCACAGCCCCAGCCUUGAGGCUUAUUUAACAGCAAGCAAACCAGACUCCCCCAAGGUUGGUCCAUCCUAUGAAAACCUAAAACUGACCGCCCGGAGAGAGCAGCUCUGCCUCCUCCACAAGCACCUUUCCCUGCACCAGUUGGGACUCGCGAGCAACUGUGCUUCGGCUGACCGGGACGGCAGCAGCUUCUCCAGCCAUUUACUCAAGGCUAAAGAUGCCGAUGACAGGACACGGUCACGUGAUGGCUGGGAAGAUCGUGCAACCUUGCUGAAGCUCCCCACCGCCAUGGUGUACGUGAGGGAUCAGCAGCUGGAGGAGAAGCUGCACCUCCUCAAGCACAGAGAACGACUGCAGCAUUUCCUCAUGCAGCGGUGCCAGACAGGCCAGCGGGCAGACGGAGACCCAAAGCCUGAGGAGCGGCCCCUCUCCCCAUGGCCAAACAUCAUGGCAGGGUGCAAGGAGGAAAGGUCCUUCCUGGAGGAUGCUGCAGACGGGAAGGAAGAGAAGGAGCUUUGGCUGAUCAGGGACAGCUCUGAGCUCCAAGAAAAGAUGAAGGUGACAAGGGACGAUGGUGCAGACGCACCGCUGGAUCUGUCAGACUCUGGCCGUGGCAGGGAAACAGGCUGGCACAGCCACCGGGAGCCGUGGGGGGCCAGCAGCCCACAGCCAAGCCCCGGGGAGAGCCCCGCUGUGUCAGCAGCCCACGGCCCCAGCAAGAGACACGAGGCAGAGCGGGACAGCUUGCGCUUCCCCUACCGCUGGCCCAAUGCCACCCGGGCACUGUCUGGUGCUGUUGAGGAGGAGGAGGAGGAGGAGGAGGAUGCAGCUGUGCUCGCGCUCUCACGGGCACAUCCAACAAACAACUCCACGCCGAGAGACCCAGAGGCCCUUCCAGAGACUGGGGUGAGACUGGAUGCCAGUGCACAGAAGGGAGAAGCAGAUGAUGAUGAUGAUGACACAGAGUCUGGGAAGCAGGAAUCUGAUGAGCCAGACACAACGGACAGCGAGGUGGCUGCCUCAUAUGAAGAUGAUAUACUACAAGAAGCUCAGGCUGAAGGGAAGUAUUUUUGCACCAAAGACAAAGCUCAUGCAUUGCAGAAGAAGAGAAAAAGAGGACAGGAUCCCUGGACGAAAGGAGCUAAGAAGUCAAUGAGAGGAAGAAAGAAAGUCAAAGUGGAGCAGGGCUCAGCAGGGAUCAUGAAGCAAACAGAGAACUGCUCUGCUUCCCACAACGAUACCUCCGAGGAGAGCUAACAGCAGGGCAGAAUGAGAAACAACACAGACGCUGCAGACCAACGGAGAGGGCUCGGAGACCUCAGCACCCAGCCACGCUGGGAGAGAAACUUCUCCUGCUGUGCUGGGCCAGGCAGUGGGGAACUCAUAAGGACAUAUUGAUAAGUAGAACAUCCUGAAAAUCCUCACUCAAUGCCCUGGGAGAGGCAAGGAAGAGCCGUGCAGAUGAUACCUGGAGCAGCCAGGACACUGCUGGUGGAGCAGCGCACUCAGUGACCCCCAGCCCUGCACCGGAGCAGACCCUCAGACUGGUGCGAGGAAGAGGAGAGGCCCUCUUUGCAGCACUGCCCAUCUUCUUCCGUAGGAUUUCAUUCAAGAACAGACUACCCAGACCCUGCUCCCCAUGUAUGAUGUCCUGGUGGCUGGCCCAAGGGUGGUGACCAAGCAGGGCCCCAUGAACAAACCUGCACUGAUUAAAUCCCU